AUGAGUCGACAACAACCAACGAGCAUCCCAGUUACCUCCAACGUUUCCUCUUCCCGUCAAACAAGCAGCGGUACCAGCACCACAGCCAGAAGUUCUAGAAAAGGAUUUUGUAGUGCUUUUGGAGAUUGCAUGACGAAACCAACCAUUGCUGCUUCACCACCUCGUCAGUCUAACUCCAGACUCGAGCUUCAGGUGGAAGAGCUACAGAAACAAGUGAAGAAAGAGAAAGAAUUGAAGUCUACAUACAAGCUGAGGUUGGAAAGAACACAAGAUUAUCUAAAAUACUGUCUACAAGUAGCACAAGAAAAUGGGUUCUUGAACCUUAUUCUUAACAAAAAAGAUAACCCUCAAGAAUCGUCACCCGCUAGUCCCUCGUCUGCCAUCAUUCAAGCUUCCACGAAUCCUCAAACCCCACCAACUGUUCAACAGCAUACUGAUCUUUCAGCCCUCAUCGAGCAAGCUAAGCUAAAUGGAUGGUACAUUGAUCCACAAGAGAUUGAACUCCACCAGAAAGUAGCUCAAGGAAGCACAGCAGAGAUAUACAUAGCCACCUGGAGAGGUUUAGAUGUUGCAGUAAAGUGCAUAUUUCCCGACUUCUUUAGGUUAAACGACAAUGGAGUCAACUUCUUCGCCCAAGAGGUGGAAACCUUAUCCAGACAACGUCAUACCUACGUGCUCCAGCUAAUGGGUGCUUGUCUUGAGCCACCAAAUCAUGGGUGGGUGGUUACUGAAUUCCUAAACAUGACUUUGAAGGACUGGCUACACGGCCCGGGUAAGAGAAGGAAAGAACGGGUCACUACACUCCCCCCUUUUAAGGAGAGAUUAGCCAAGGCACUAGAGAUUGCCCAAGGGAUGCAAUAUCUGCAUGAACACAAACCUAUGAUAAUACAUAGGGACUUAAAGCCUAGUAACAUAUUUAUAGAUGAUGCUUCUCAUGUGAGAGUAGCAGAUUUUGGGCAUGCUCGAUUCUUGACGGAUGAAGAAAAAGCAUUUACGGGUGAAACAGGCACAUACGUAUACAUGGCACCAGAGGUGAUCCGAAGUGAGCCAUACGAUGAAAAAUGUGAUGUUUACAGCUUUGGUAUCAUACUUAAUGAGCUUCUAACGGGCCAAUACCCAUACAUUGAGACUGACUAUGGUCCCUCCAAAAUUGCAUUUCAAGUUGGGGAGGGCAAGAUAAGACCAGCCCUACCGGAGCAUGGAGAGAACAUUGAAGAUCUGAUUGAAUUGGUUCAACUCUCAUGGGAUGAAGACCCAGAAUACAGACCAUCUUUUGCGACAAUCACUCGUGGUCUGAAGAUGAUUUUUAAUAGAUUUAAGAAUUCUCAAUAG